AUGGUUUUUGACAAACAGAUAUAUAGCAAGAUCAAAAAGCUCCAGACUGGGACUUUCUCGACAGUUUACAAGGCAUGGUCCUCCGAACGGAACGAGUACGUCGCUUUGAAAGUGAUGCCCAAGGAUAAAAUCUCGGAGGAGGCUAUGCUCAACGAAAUAAAAGUGAUGCAGAAGCUGGGCAAUACGCACCCUAACAUUUGCUCCAUGUUGAGUUUCCACGAGGAUGAAUCGUGCUGCAUUUUGGAACUGCAAUACUGCGAAUGUGGUGACAUGUACGAUUUCCUUGACAUUGCAAAACAACAGGGCGAUCCAGUAUCCCCCUCUCUAUUGCAGCUGGAUUUCCAAAACAUCGUGAACCAACUGUUUUCGGCAGUGCAGUACGCCCACUCUUUGGGGAUCGCCCAUAGAGACAUCAAACCGGAGAAUGUCCUCUUGACCAAGGAGGGGAACGUGAAACUUGCCGACUGGGGGCAUGGGACCUUUGAUUCGCGUUCGUACGAGUUCAACAUCGGUACAGACCAUUACCGCAGUCCAGAAACUUUCUACUCCGAGGAUGGGUACGACCCAGUGCUUGCAGAUUACUGGUCUGUAGGUGUUACUCUACUGUUUUUGAUAUUCGGGACAACACCUUUCAAGAGUGCAUCGUUGGAUAUUGCUAGGACAAGGUGUCUUGACUUCCACCAAUUUAUGAAGAAUCCACAAGACUAUAUCUUCCGGCUGUACAUAGCGCCCAUCUUCAAUGCGUACGAGAGUACAGGGAAGGAGGGUCCCGUGUAUGCAGCGCACAGAAACGGUAAAGCCGCGCUGUAUGUGUGGCAAGACUUGAUCAACAUUCACGACACUGUUUAUCUGUGCCGGCUUAUAGUGGGUAUGUUGAUGGUUAUCGAUGCAAACUCCCGUUCGUUGAACGACUGCUUGGAAGCCUGCAACAGGCUGUGGGAUUCCAAGCUUAUUGCAAGCCAGAAGUCAAAUGACUCUAAUACACCAGAUGGGCAAACGUCACUCGUGGGUAGUGAAAGUGAAAGCGAUAUCAUGGACGCAGCACAAGUAUACGAAAGCAUGCCCUCCAUUUCUGUCAGCAACAGUCAGUUCGGCAAAAAUGAGUCCCCGCUUCAAGGCAGAGACAGCGACGCUGAAUCCCUCUCUAGUUUAGCAAACAACGAGAAUCUGGCUAGGUCGCCUGUAAGCAGUGGGAAGUCUGGAGGGUCGAGCAGCCCCCGGAUGAUGCCGUUUGACAUGGAGUGCCUCACUCAAGGUUAUUUGGAUGCAGUCAUGCUCAAGAAUAACCAACCUGAGUACAUGGAAAAAAUUGCAUAG